UUGCAGCCAACGCUGGAACAGGAUUUGCUGUUGCUGAACCUCAGAUUGCAAUGUUUUGUGGGAAGUUAAAUAUGCAUGUGAACAUUCAGACUGGGAAAUGGGAACCUGACCCAACAGGCACCAAGAGCUGCUUUGGAACAAAAGAAGAAGUUCUUCAGUACUGUCAGGAGAUGUAUCCAGAGCUACAGAUCACCAACGUUAUGGAAGCGAACCAGCCAGUCAGUAUUGACAACUGGUGCCGGAGGGACAAGAAGCAGUGCAAAAGUCACAUUGUUAUACCUUUCAAGUGUCUUGUGGGUGAAUUUGUAAGUGAUGUUCUGCUAGUUCCGGAAAAGUGCCAGUUUUUCCACAAAGAGCGGAUGGAGGUUUGUGAGAAUCACCAGCACUGGCACACUGUAGUCAAAGAGGCAUGCCUGACUCAGGGAAUGACCUUAUAUAGCUACGGCAUGCUGCUACCCUGUGGGGUAGACCUGUUCCAUGGCACUGAAUAUGUGUGCUGCCCUCAGACAAAGAUCAUUGAAUCCACUGUGUCAAAAGAAGAGGAGGAAGAGGAGGAAGAAGAAGAGGAGGAGGAUGAAGAGGAAGACUAUGAUAUUUAUAAAAGUGAAUUUCCUACUGAAGCAGAUUUGGAAGACUUCACAGGAGCAGCUGUGGAUGAGGAGGAUGAGGACGAGGAAGAAGGGGAGGACGUGGUGGAAGACCGCGAUUACUAUUAUGACACCUUUAAAGGAGAUGACUACAAUGAGGAGAACCCAACUGAACCCAGCAGCGAUGGCACUAUUUCAGACAAGGAAAUUACUCAUGAUGUUAAAGCUGUCUGCUCCCAGGAGGCGAUGACGGGGCCCUGCCGGGCCGUGAUGCCUCGUUGGUACUUCGACCUCUCCAAGGGAAAGUGCGUGCGCUUUAUAUAUGGCGGCUGCGGCGGCAACAGGAACAAUUUUGAGUCUGAGGAUUAUUGUAUGGCUGUGUGUAAAGCGAUGAUUCCCCCGACUCCUCUGCCAACCAAUGACGUUGACGUGUAUUUCGAGACCUCUGCAGAUGAUAACGAGCAUGCUCGCUUCCAGAAGGCUAAGGAACAGCUGGAAAUUCGGCACCGCAACCGAAUGGACAGGGUAAAGAAGGAGUGGGAAGAGGCCGAGCUUCAAGCCAAGAACCUUCCCAAAACAGAGAGGCAGACCCUCAUCCAGCACUUCCAGGCUAUGGUUAAAGCAUUGGAGAAGGAAGCAGCCAGCGAGAAGCAGCAGCUGGUGGAAACGCACCUGGCUCGAGUGGAAGCUAUGCUCAAUGACCGCCGUCGGAUGGCUCUGGAGAACUACGUGGCAGCCCUGCAGUCUGACCCACCCCGGCCUCAUCGCAUUCUCCAGGCCUUGCGGCGUUAUGUCCGAGCUGAGAACAAAGAUCGCCUGCAUACCAUCCGUCAUUACCAGCAUGUGUUGGCUGUUGACCCAGAAAAGGCGGCCCAGAUGAAAUCCCAGGUGAUGACACAUCUCCAUGUGAUUGAAGAAAGAAGGAACCAAAGCCUCUCUCUGCUCUACAAAGUACCUUAUGUAGCCCAAGAAAUUCAAGAGGAAAUCGAUGAGCUCCUUCAGGAGCAGCGUGCAGACAUGGACCAGUUCACCGCCUCCAUCUCAGAGACCCCCGUGGACGUCCGGGCGAGCUCUGAGGAGAGCGAGGAGAUGCCGCCAUUCCACCCUUUCCACCCCUUCUCGUCCACACCUGACAGUGAAGACACUCAGCCGGAGUUGUACCACCCAAUGAAAAAAGGAUCUGGAGUGGGAGAGCAGGACGGGGGACUGAUCGGUGCUGAAGAAAAAGUGAUUAACAGUAAGAAUAAAGUGGAUGAAAACAUGGUCAUUGACGAGACUCUGGAUGUUAAGGAAAUGAUUUUCAAUGCGGAGAGAGUUGGCGGCCUUGAGGAAGAGCCGGAAUCCAUGGGACCACUGCGGGAAGACUUCAGUCUGAGCAGCAGUGCCCUUAUUGGCCUGCUGGUCAUUGCAGUGGCCAUUGCCACGGUCAUCGUCAUCAGCCUGGUGAUGCUGAGGAAGAGACAGUACGGCACCAUCAGCCACGGGGUUGUGGAGGUUGACCCAAUGCUCACCCCAGAAGAGCGUCACCUGAACAAGAUGCAGAACCAUGGUUAUGAAAACCCAACCUACAAAUACUUGGAGCAGAUGCAGAUUUAAGUGACAGAAAGCGUGUGGCACCCUUGGCUAGAGUGGGGUGGUGCAGAUGGACCAGAGGGGUCCAGUGUUUUGGGUUGCCUCUGAAGGGUUUCAUCUUAUAUCCCGACCUCCUGGAUCGUUACGUCUAGAAAGUACUACUGUAGAAUUGCAAUUUCCAUUCUUUUAAAUGGGUGAAAAAUGUUAAUAUAACAAUAUAUGAUAUAUAAACCUUAAAUGAAAAAUGAUCUAUUGCAGAUAUUUGACUGAUGUAGUUUUUUUAAAAUUAAUCAGAAAUCCCAUUUCUAUGUAUCGUCUCACACAUGCGCUCUAUAUAAAUGGGAAAUGUUGGUUUUCAAUGAUAGACUGUACGUGCAAGCUGUUCAGUUACACUGUAUAAAUCAACUCCUUAGGCUUACUCACUAUCCUGGUUUUUAUUAAAGAAAAGAAAGCAGUAUUCCCUUUGUAAAUGAGCUCUCAGAAAGUUGCUGAGAAAUUUAGUGGAAUAGGGAACUGUAAUUGACCAUUGAAGCACAUCAUGGUACCCUUUCAAGAUGGUUUUAAAGGAUCAGAGUCCUGGAAGUCUGGUGUUCCCACAGUUAGGUACCUUGGUGUUUUCUCUACAAGCCUAUCACUAAGGAGGUUAAAGGCAGUUUGGUUCCAGCGUCUUUUAGCGAGCCUGGUGUGUACAGACUGGGGUGUCCACUGCUGCUUUCCUUCCAAAUCCAGCUCUUCCGCAAAAAUUAGCCUGUAGUUUAUACAUGACGUUCUUCCACCGUCCGUCGUUUACUGACUAGCUUUUUAUAUUCACUGCCCCUUCCAAGUAUGUCCAGAUGUGCGGUCUCCCUCUUCGAACAUUUCUCUCCAAAGGCACUGACCCUCGGUUCUCUCCUUUGUACCUUAACUUCUGCCCCCUCUCCUGUCACCAGCCUCUUUGGUAUUCACUCAAAGACCACAAAGGAGGCGGCUGAUGACCCAGGAGAGAACAUGGGAGGUUCAUUUUUAUGUAAAAGAAUAUUCCAGAUAGUACAUGAACCUGAAUCUGUAGACACUGUGGAAAGCUUUGAAGAUGUUUGUUUCCUUCACAUUAGUCUUUGUAAUGCUUGUAUAGUUAAUGUUGAUGCUUACAGCCUUUUCUUUUUCUUUUUUUUUUUUUUUUAAUCUGAAGGUUCUGGUAACCUGUGGAAUAUUUUUUUUCUAUUUUCCUGUAACUUUUUUUCCUUCUCUCCUCCCCUUUGACCCUAUCUGUGUCUCUUCCCACUAUGCACAGGUUAAACUUCACCUACAAAUUCCUUGGUGUGAUCUGUGGAGAAUGUACAGAGUUUAAACACAUCAAUAAAUACUGUAACUUCCA